CACCGCAUAGUCUGAUCAUGUUAGGUACAGACUGUACUGGUGCUCCACCGGAUCUUGCGAAGUGCAGCCAGGAAGCGUCAUAGACUCCACGUCGCCAAGAAGACUCUCCGCUCUAAACUAGUCUACCAGCACGACUCAUUUCUCAGGGUGGUCGGGCACUUUGGCCAAACACUACCCGCAGACGUAGAAACAUGCCUCUCCGGUUGGACAUCAAGCGGAAGCUGACCGCUCGGUCGGACCGUGUGAAGAGUGUGGACCUGCACCCAACUGAACCAUGGAUGGUUGCCAGCCUGUACAAUGGCAGUGUCUGUGUCUGGAACCACGACACACAGACCCUGGUGAAGACAUUUGAGGUGUGUGACCUGCCUGUGAGAGUGGCUAAGUUUGUGGCGAGGAAGCACUGGGUCAUUGCAGGAGCAGAUGACAUGCAUAUCCGUGUGUUUAACUACAACACUCUGGAGAGAGCUCACAUGUUUGAGGCCCACUCUGACUACAUCCGCUGCAUCGCAGUCCACCCAACACAACCUUACAUCCUUACCAGCAGUGAUGACAUGCUGAUCAAGCUUUGGGACUGGGACAGGAAGUGGGUGUGUGGUCAGGUGUUUGAGGGCCACACCCACUAUGUCAUGCAGAUCGUCAUCAACCCUAAAGACAACAAUCAGUUCGCCAGCGCCUCCCUGGACAGGACCAUUAAGGUGUGGCAGCUGGGAUCUUCCUCCCCUAACUUCACUCUGGAGGGCCAUGAGAAAGGAGUCAACUGUAUCGACUACUACAGCGGAGGGGACAAGCCCUAUCUUAUAUCAGGAGCUGACGACCGCCUGGUCAAGAUCUGGGACUACCAGAAUAAGACAUGUGUGCAGACUCUAGAGGGCCAUACCCAGAAUGUGUCCUGUGUCAGCUUUCACCCUGAGCUGCCAAUCAUUCUCACAGGCUCUGAGGACGGCACAGUGAGAGUCUGGCAUUCCAGCACGUACCGCCUGGAAAACACACUGAACUAUGGGAUGGAACGUGUGUGGUGUGUGUGUGGCCAACGAGGCGCCAACAGUGUGGCGCUGGGAUAUGAUGAAGGCAGCAUCAUCAUCAAGUUGGGUCGCGAGGAACCAGCCAUGUCUAUGGACUCUAACGGUAAGAUCAUGUGGGCCAAGCACUCUGAGGUGCAGCAGGCCAACCUGAAGGCCAUGGGAGAGGCUGAGAUACAGGACGGAGAGAGGCUGUCCCUGGCCGUCAAAGACAUGGGCAGCUGUGAAAUCUAUCCCCAGACCAUCCAGCACAACCCCAAUGGCAGGUUUGUGGUGGUGUGUGGGGAUGGAGAGUACAUCAUCUACACUGCAAUGGCCCUGAGGAACAAGAGCUUCGGUUCAGCACAGGAGUUUGUUUGGGGCCACGACUCCUCAGAGUAUGCUACUCGGGAGAGCACCAGCAUGGUCAAAAUCUUCAAGAACUUCAAGGAAAAUAAGUCUUUUAAACCAGACUUUGGGGCAGAAGGUAUCCAUGGUGGGUUCUUGCUGGGCGUGAGGUCAGUGAGUGGUCUGGCCUUCUACGACUGGGAGAACACAGAGCUGGUCCGCCGCAUUGAGAUCCAGCCUAAACACGUCUUCUGGUCAGAGUCUGGGGAGCUGGUGUGUAUUGCCACGGAGGAGUCUUUCUUUGUGCUGCGCUACCUGGCUGAGAAAGUGGCAACAGCACAGGAGACCAAGGAGGGAGUCACCGAGGAUGGGAUAGAGGAUGCCUUCGAGGUGUUGGGUGAGAUUCAGGAGGUGGUGAAGACUGGUCUGUGGGUGGGAGACUGUUUCAUCUACACCAGCUCAGUCAACAGACUCAAUUACUACGUAGGAGGAGAGAUUGUCACCGUCGCCCACCUGGACAGAACUAUGUACCUGUUGGGCUACAUCCCCAAGGAUGACCGUCUGUAUCUGGGUGAUAAGGAACUGAACAUCGUCACUUACUCUCUGCUGGUGUCGGUACUGGAGUACCAGACAGCUGUAAUGAGGAGGGACUUUGGGAUGGCCGACAGGGUCCUACCCACCAUCCCUAAAGAGAUGAGGACCAGGGUCGCCCACUUUUUAGAGAAACAGGGUUUCAUGCAGCAGGCCCUGGCUGUGUCCACAGACUCAGAACACAGGUUUGAGUUGGCUCUGCAGCUUGGAGAACUGAAGAUCGCCUACCAGCUGGCUGUAGAGGCUGAGUCGGAGCAGAAGUGGAAGCAGUUGGCAGAGUUGGCCACCACUAAGUGCCAGUUUGUCCUGGCCCAGGAGUGUCUGCACCAUGCCCAGGACUAUGGGGGGCUACUGCUGUUGGCCACAGCCUCGGGCAACACCACCAUGGUGGGCAAGCUGGCAGAGGGGGCAGAGAGAGACGGCAAGACCAACGUGGCUUUCCUCACCUAUUUCCUUCAGGGGAAACUGGACAAAUGUUUGGAGCUCCUCAUUAAAACCAACCGGCUGCCAGAGGCUGCAUUCCUGGCCAGAACAUACCUGCCCAGCCAUGUGUCUAGAGUGGUGAAGCUGUGGAAGGAGAGCCUGGGGAAGGUGAACCAGAAGGCAGCUGAUGCGUUGGCCAACCCUACAGACUACAGCAACCUGUUCCCCGGCCUACAGGAGGCCUUCCUGGCCGAAGACUACCUCAAGGAGACCCAUGUCAGGCUGAGGCCCGCCACAGAGUACCCUCUCAUCACCUCCAAUGAGAAUAGGAAUGUCCUGGGGGAAUCUGCAGACUAUGUGCCAAAAGUAGCACCUGCUGAACCAGAGGUUGCUGGGAGCAUGGAUGAAACCCCUGUAUUGGAAGCAGUGGUAGAAACCCCUGUAAUGGCAGCAGUGGUGGAGGCUGCAGCCCCAGAAGCUCCAGUAGUGGAAGAGUCCAUUGUCAUGGAAGAGGUAGAACCUGUUGCAGCUGCAGUAGUGGAGUUUAUCCCAGCAGUAGAAGAAUCUAUCCCAGUGACAGUAGUGGAACCAACUAUGGCUGCAGUGGAAGAAUCCAUUGAGUUGGCAGAGGAGGAACCCAUUAUUGUUGAAGUGGAAGCUCCCAAGCCAAAGGAGGCAACAUCAGUGGAAAAUAUCAUUACUAAGAUAGAGGCUCUUGUCACCAUAGAAAAUGACACAGAAGCACCCCUCUUGGUGCCAGAGGUAGCACAGUCCACCCCAGAGGAAGAGUUCAGAGCAACACCAGAGGAGGCCGUUGAGGAAGGACCUGCAACAAUGAAACCCAUAGCAACAGAUGCACCUGUUACAGAGUCGGUCACAGAACCCAUUGUAACAGAAGCACCAGUUGCCGAGGAAGCGCCAGUGCCUAUAGCAACAGAAACAGAACCUGUUACCAUAGAAGCAGUGGUGGAAGCUGAAGCACCCAUUGCCGCAGCAGUACUAGAAGCCAUAGCAACAGAACCCAUGGUUACAGAACAAGCACCUGUUACCAUUGAAGUGGCAGUGGCAGCAGAAGCACCCAUUACUGAGUCAGUAGCAGAAGCCAUAGCAGCAUCUGAAAAAGCCCCAGUCAUUGUAGAAGAGAAUGAACCUGCCCCAGCACCACUCAUAGACCUAGCCUCAGCCAUAGACCUAGCCUCAGCCAUAGACCUAGCCCCAGCCAGAGACCUAGCCCCAGCCAGAGACCUAUCCCCAGCCAGAGACCUAGCCCCAGCCAGAGACCUAGCCCCAGCCAGAGACCUAGCCCCAGCCAGAGACCUAGCCCCAGCCAGAGACCUAUCCCCAGCCAGAGACCUAGCCCCAGCCAGAGACCUAGCCCCAGCCAGAGACCUAGCCCCAGCCAGAGACCUAUCCCCAGCCAGAGACCUAGCCCCAGCCAGAGACCUAGCCCCAGCCAGAGACCUAUCCCCAGCCAGAGACCUAGCCCCAGCCAGAGACCUAUCCCCAGCACCACUCAUAGACCUAGCCCCAGCCAGAGACCUAGCCCCAGCCAGAGACCUAGCCCCAGCCAGAGACCUAUCCCCAGCCAGAGACCUAUCCCCAGCCAGAGACCUAGCCCCAGCCAGAGACCUAGCCCCAGCCAGAGACCUAUCCCCAGCACCACUCAGAGACCUAGCCCCAGCCAGAGACCUAGCCCCAGCCAUAGACCUAGCCCCAGCCAGAGACCUAGCCCCAGCCAGAGACCUAUCCCCAGCACCACUCAGAGACCUAGCCCCAGCCAGAGACCUAUCCCCAGCACCACUCAUAGACCUAGCCCCAGCCAGAGACCUAUCCCCAGCCAGAGACCUAGCCCCAGCCAGAGACCUAGCCUCAGCCAUAGACCUAGCCCCAGCCAGAGACCUAGCCCCAGCCAGAGACCUAGCCCCAGCCAGAGACCUAUCCCCAGCACCACUCAUAGACCUAUCCCCAGCCAGAGACCUAUCCCCAGCCAGAGACCUAGCCCCAGCCAGAGACCUAUCCCCAGCACCACUCAGAGACCUAGCCCCAGCCAGAGACCUAUCCCCAGCACCACUCAUAGACCUAGCCCCAGCCAGAGACCUAUCCCCAGCCAGAGACCUAUCCCCAGCCAGAGACCUAGCCCCAGCCAGAGACCUAGCCCCAGCCAUAGACCUAGCCCCAGCCAGAGACCUAUCCCCAGCCAGAGACCUAUCCCCAGCCAGAGACCUAGCCCCAGCCAGAGACCUAGCCCCAGCCAGAGACCUAGCCCCAGCCAGAGACCUAUCCCCAGCCAGAGACCUAGCCCCAGCCAGAGACCUAGCCCCAGCACCACUCAUAGACCUAGCCCCAGCCAGAGACCUAUCCCCAGCCAGAGACCUAGCCCCAGCCAGAGACCUAGCCCCAGCCAGAGACCUAUCCCCAAGACCUAGCCCCAGCCAGAGACCUAGCCCCAGCCAGAGACCUAGCCCCAGCCAGAGACCUAGCCCCAGCCAGAGACCUAGCCCCAGCCAGAGACCUAGCCCCAGCCAGAGACCUAUCCCCAGCCAGAGACCUAGCCCCAGCCAGAGACCUAGCCCCAGCCAGAGACCUAGCCCCAGCCAUAGACCUAGCCCCAGCCAGAGACCUAUCCCCAGCCAGAGACCUAGCCUCAGCCAGAGACCUAGCCCCAGCCAGAGACCUAGCCCCAGCCAGAGACCUAGCCCCAGCCAGAGACCUAGCCCCAGCCAGACCUACAGAGACCUAGCCCCAGCCAGAGACCUAGCCCCAGCCAGAGACCUAGCCCCAGCCAUAGACCUAGCCCCAGCCAGAGACCUAGCCCCAGCCAGAGACCUAGCCCCAGCCAGAGACCUAGCCCCAGCCAGAGACCUAGCCCCAGCCAUAGACCUAGCCCCAGCCAGAGACCUAGCCCCAGCCAGAGACCUAGCCCCAGCCAGAGACCUAUCCCCAGCCAGAGACCUAUCCCCAGCACCACUCAUAGACCUAGCCCCAGCCAGAGACCUAGCCCCAGCCAGAGACCUAGCCCCAGCCAGAGACCUAGCCCCAGCCAGAGACCUAGCCCCAGCCAUAGACCUAGCCCCAGCCAGAGACCUAGCCCCAGCCAGAGACCUAGCCCCAGCCAGAGACCUAGCCCCAGCCAGAGACCUAGCCCCAGCCAUAGACCUAGCCCCAGCCAGAGACCUAGCCCCAGCCAGAGACCUAGCCCCAGCCAGAGACCUAUCCCCAGCCAGAGACCUAGCCCCAGCCAUAGACCUAGCCCCAGCCAGAGACCUAUCCCCAGCCAGAGACCUAUCCCCAGCCAGAGACCUAGCCCCAGCCAGAGACCUAUCCCCAGCCAGAGACCUAGCCCCAGCCAGAGACCUAUCCCCAGCCAGAGACCUAGCCCCAGCCAGAGACCUAGCCCCAGCCAGAGACCUAUCCCCAGCCAGAGACCUAGCCCCAGCCAGAGACCUAGCCUCAGCCAUAGACCUAGCCCCAGCCAGAGACCUAGCCCCAGCCAGAGACCUAGCCCCAGCCAGAGACCUAUCCCCAGCACCACUCAUAGACCUAGCCCCAGCCAGAGACCUAGCCCCAGCCAGAGACCUAUCCCCAGCACCACUCAUAGAACUAGCCCCAGCCAUAGAUCCAGCUACAACCCCAACUGUAGAGGACAAGGCUGCAGCAGCCCCAGCAGUAGAGCCCCUACCAGCACUCACCCAGGUGGUUCCACCAGGUGCAGAGCUAGCCCCUGCAGCCCCUCUAGCUGCCCUCUUAGAGGGUAAAGGUAUGGAGGAGGCAGCCCCUGUAGCAGUAGCAACAGCAUCCAUGGACCUGCUGGACCUGAAUGAUGACCUGAAUGAUGAGGGCCUUGACGACCUGGACAUGUUUGAUCUGGACGAUGACAUCGACACCACAGACGUCAAUCUGGACGAUGACUUCUUAGACGACUGAAACUCUUGGAGAAAUGCCCUUAAAGUGACCAAAGAGCACAGUGUUGUUCAUACUCCUAGUGAAUGGGAGUGUGUGUGGGGGACCAGGUGUUUUUACCUUUACAGUGAAACUGGUGAAAGGUGGGGUGGAUGAGUUCAUGUCUUUCCAUCUUUACACAUUAACUGUGAAACACCGUGGGAGGGUGUUUGUUGAAUGCUUUGGGUGAUAAUGUGGUGGACUGGGUUCAUUCAUUAGGAAUAAACACGGUAAAUGUUUUGAAACGGGAUACAAAUUUGCCUCCUUAUUGAACAGGUCAAAUGUACUGUGUCAAAUUGAUUUCUGGUUUCGCACAUGCUGAACACAACCCCGGGUUGUAUUCAUUAGUCGUAUUUCAUUGCAAAAUGUUUUGCAAUGGAAACGGUUUACUCCAAAUACAAAACACAUUUCGUUCAUAGAGUAAACUUUUUCCAUUGCAAACAUUUAGCAAUGGCAUCCAACUAGCGAAUACACCAUGGUUUUGAAAUCCUGUGUACAGUACUUCAUUCUCCAACUCUCACAUUGACCUACAGUAUAGAAUGAUAGUGUGAACCAGUGGUCAUGGGUUUGACCUUAUCCUCACACAUAGGAAGAUGGGAAUAGUUUACUACUGUACCUCUUACCGCUAGCUAAACAGGCUUUGAUCUUUCAUGCAUUAGUUAGGUCAUGAGCUUGUCUUCAGUAUACCUCUCCAUGUCUUGGCAAGCAUGCUGCUCUGCUAUGGUCUAGUAUCUUAUGCAUCUGCUGUUUUUAAAUAAGGAACCUACUUCAUUGUUACAGAUGUGAACCCAAGUGCCUUAUGUAUGACUGGUCUGGAAUUAAAUGUUAUCACCUCAAUAAAGAUGAGUGUUUGUCUGAAUCAGGCCAUAGGAA